AUGUCGUCAACCACGCCAGAUCAGCAACCUGAACCUCGAUGUCCGCGCGAUUUGGACGCCUGGAUUCUUGGGAGCGGUAUCGCCUCACUCACAUCGGCGGUACUUCUAAUUCAGGAGGCUCACAUUCCACCCUCACGAAUCCACAUUCUUGAAACGCUGGAGAAAGCUGGCGAAGGUUCCGUUGGCACGGGAGACCCGGCCAAUGGGUAUGACUAUCAUGCUGGAGCGAUGCCAGCAUUAAGUGGCAUUUACAUGGAGAAACUCCUAGCCCUUGUGCCAUCGAAAUCGGACUCAGAGAAAACCGCGUUCGACGAUCUGUGUGAGUUCAACCGCUCCAGACCACAUUCCAACACCCCGCACACACGAUUCCUCUCUCGCAAGUCCCAUGCAUUGGCACGGAUCGACCCAAAACGGAUGGGAAUGGGAUUGAGAAGACCGCCUCAGCCUGUAUAUGCUGUCUUCAAAGUCGGAGGGAAUUUCGGCUUUGACCGAAGGCACAGCGCCGCUGAGUUCCGCCGAUGUGUACAAUGGUUCAAGAACGGCGAGCACGAACUAGACCACAUACGUCCACUCGAUAACGGAAAUUUCAAUCGCCAUGAAGCGAUAAUCAUACCUAUCGCUCAGUUCCUUGAAUCCCGCGGAGUCGACAUUCGCUUCCGCACAACUGUCACAGAUAUCAUCCUCGAUCCCACCCAUCAAUUUGUCUCUUCAAUUAGCGCGGCCAAAUUCAACGAACCGGAAAUCUCUAUCAAUGUUAAGUCUAACGACAUCGUGAUUGUAUCCGUGGGCUCUGUCAUCUCUGGUGCGACAAGCGGGACAAAUACCACGCCGCCAUCGCUUGAAAUGAUGGAGAUCGAAAAAGACUUGGAUGACAAUUGGCUACUGUGGCUGGAAUUAUCAACGAAAGACCAGAAGUUUGGCAAUGCGUACAACUUCUGCACGCGGCUGACUGAAUCCAGACGGGAGUCAUUCACCGUAACGCUCAAGAGCCCGGAGUUCUUUGACCGCUUCACCGAGUUGACGGGAGAUGCACCGGGGUCUGGGAUCUUUGUCACUCUGAAAGACAGCAGCUGGUUACUCAGCCUGAGCAUUCCCAAGCAACCUAUGUUCCCAGAUCAACCAGAAGACGUUCAAGUGUUCUGGGGCUACGCAAUGUUCCCAGCAAACGAAGGCGAUUACGUCAAGAAACCCAUGCUCGAGUGCUCGGGCCAGGAAAUCAUGACUGAAAUCUUGCAUCAGUUGAUAUUCCCUGUCGAUUCAAUUCUUUCUAACUCGGUCACUAUUCCUUGUGUCGUGCCACGCAUGUCAGCAGCCUUUUUGCCGAGGACUUCUGGAGACCGGCCACAGGUCAUUCCUCAGGGGAUGAAGAACAUGGCGCUGAUCGGACAGUUUGUGGAGAUCCCCGAUGAGAUAGUCGGUACUAUGGAUUACUAUGUGAGAGGGUCAGAGAUGGCAGUGCAUCGUUUGAUGGGAUUAGGACACGAUGUGAAGUAG